GUGAGUGCGAGUGGAUGUCUAGGGCGCUUGUGACUUUCUUCUCCCACAUAUAAGUGAAGCGAGUGUUAAUAUGAAAGAAAAGGAAGGAAAAGAGUGGUAAUAUUUCAAAUACAAAGAAAAUCGGAAGGUAGACAUUAGUUUCAAUACAAAAAUAUAGAAAAGACGAAGAAAAUCAUAAGAUAGACAUUGGAUAAGAAAGAGGAGAUAAAUAAGAGAAUAAAUAAAUAAACAAACAUAAUAUCUAGAAUAAUAACACGGCUGAUAAAGAAGAAAUAAGAAAAAACGGAAAGGAAAAGAAAAAGAAAAUAAUUAAGAUACAACGGAUGAAAGGAAAGAAAAGAGACCAGCAGCAGACAUUGUAUUAACUUUUUUUUCUAUUCAACGUAGAAAAAUUAAGGAAAAAAUAAGGAAAAAAAAAAAACACCAUCAGAGAGAGAGAGAGAGAGAGAGAGAGAGAGAGAAAGCAUCGUGUAGCUAUAGUGUUACGUUUUAUCAAUAUUGGAUGCUGCCACCCUCCACCAUGCUCUCCACCGGUCUCCUCCACCACCUCCACCUCCUCCACCUCGUCCUCCUCCUCCUCCUCCUCACUCAGCCUUCUCCUAAUGGCUCAGCGCAUCGCCUCCACCACAACCACAGGCACGGGCGUGGGUCCUGGGGCAAGGGCGGCUCCUGGGGCAAGGUCAGGCACUGUCCCACCUGCCCUUACUUCCUCAACACGACACGCGAGGUCACCACUCCCGAGGGCGUCCCGGCGAACCUGACCUGCGGCGUGAAGAACCUGUUUGAUCGGAAGGUGUCAUGGAUCAGAAGACGUGACCUGCAUGUCCUCACGGCCGGGAGCUACACUUACACAUCAGACAGCCGCUUCAGGGCCCUCCACCUCGUCGGCUCACCCUUCUGGACGCUGCAGGUGGACUCGCCUCGCGCCCACGAUUCCGGUGUGUAUGAGUGUCAGGUGUCCAUGCAGCCCAAGAUAUCCAGGCGGUUCUUUCUCUUCGUCGUGAUUCCAAGCGCUGAAAUCCACGGCACAAGACAGGUAUACAUGAAGACUGGAAGCGACAUCAACAUCACCUGCCUCGUUAGCGGACACCUGCGGGACUCGCCUAUCACCUGGUACCACGCCCCCCUCCCCGUGCCCCCGGAGAAGCCAGCUGUGAGGGAGAUACGGACAGGGGGGCGGGGCGGUGUGCAGCUGGUGACGGACAAGCAUGCGGGCACCAGCUGGCUCUUGGUCAAACACGCCACUUGGAGGGAUGCUGGGAACUAUACGUGUGCCCCUCGCCAUGCCCGCCCCGCCUCUGUAGCGAUUCAUGUGGUGGAUGAAGAGUCCCCUGCCGCUAUGCAACACGACUCCAGCAGUGCAGCCAGUCCCUUCCUGCCCUCCUGCCUACUGCUACUGCUUCUGCUGGUACUACACUGGACUACAACCCUCAACACCACCACCAUUAGCACUAAGCAGGCAUGGCAGUAUUCAGAAAGGGUAGUGGUGUGGGUAUUCCUGUCUCCUCUCCUCCUCCUCCUCCUUCUUUCCUCUUCCUCAUGUCACCAGCAAGAGCCAUUAGUAGGUCAGCUCCAUAAACUUUAGCAUAGCAUUUUUUCAGAUUAAUUUUAUACUUGUUUGUGUAUGCUUAAUGGUUAGAUACAUAUACCAUACAUAGGCUACUUGUGGAAGAGUCAACCGCCCACCAAAUAAGGCUGUGAUAUGUUCAAUUGAUGAGUAAAUUAAGCCCCAGAAUGUUGGUUUCCCUGUAAAAGUUAGCAUUGGAAAAUUAGACAAAACACUUGACUCUUUUGCACAAGUAUGUAUGUAUGGUAUGACUUCUUGAUGUGAAUGUUGUACUUCUGUGAUGGAGGGAAUGUUAUAAUGACGCUGAUGUACAGGAACAGGCGAGAUAUUUUAAUUCAUGUUUCCUGUGUCUGAUCAUGUGCAUUUAGUUAAUUUUGCCACUGUAAUUUUGUAUAUAAUAGCUGUGUUUUCCCACCUGUCUGACUUUGCUCAUGUGUGACAGAGGGAAUGGAGGAGGUAGGGAAAGGUCUUUGUUCUGCUCACAUAGGAAGAAGCACAAGGUUAAGCUGCUAAACAUCUUUGGGUGCUCUGUAUAAGUAAAGUCCAACCCCU